AUGACACACUCCGAGAUGCUCGCUCAUGCAGGCAGCAACGAGUCGCAGGACAGCCAGGCCAUCCUCGAGGCCUACAGGGCGGAAUUUGGCGUGGGAGCGCUCAGCAGCCCGCCCUCAAAGGUUUCUUUUUCAAGGACUCGAAUGACGACAAUCAAGGAGAUUCCAUCGCCAACAAAUGAAGUCGUGGUACCAUCGUCCGAUACGCCGGUCGCUACAAUUGCAUGUCCAGAGGUCCAUGCUCCCCGCGACGCGUUACCAACAGAGGCGCGUUCAGAAGGAUCCACUGUCGAGCAAGGUGAAUGUCCCGAACCAAGCGACUUAAAUGGCGAUGAAGAGGACUCGGAGAAUCGCGUCGACCUGACAAGCAACGAGAGCCUCGAUUCACAGCGACCAUGCGACCUUAGUCACCACAUCGGCAACGAAAAACUCCACACGCGACAUGACAGCGCGCAACCGCAAUCAGUGCAACGCGAUGCACCUGGACCUUUGAUUCAGAGCGUCAAGCCACCCACCAGCGCUGCAGCUGCCGCGCUGUUGUGCAAGAUGAACUUUUCUCAGCAGACCCCGACACAGGUCAACGACGGCCGCGACUACAGUGAAUACUGCGACGUUGUGCCCUCGAGCCCGGUUAAUAAUGAUACGCAAUCUGGAUCUCACGAGCCAGAGACUCUUCAGGAUGACGACACUGGAGCAGUCAACUUUGCCUUGAGCGAACUCAACCGACCUUCGUCCCAAGUCUCCGAAGAUGCUGGUUUUGAGAAUACGAGAGGCGACUGGAGGCACCCUGACCAGACAUCGCAGCUGAACGCGGGCCAAACCCCAUGCCGACCUCAUGGUAAUGCCUUCGAGACUCCAGCCGUCCCCAAGAACCCGUUUGGUGCGAGGCCGAGUAUAACUGCGCCUCUGGCCGGAAGCCAACUGUUUGGCCAGACGCAGUUCUCAUCAGCCAUCAAAAGGAUCAGCCCGACAUCCUCGCGCCCUUCGCCGAACCUGUUCAACUCGAUAUCCCCCAACAUUAUAGAGACAUCGCCGUUGAAGAACCGAGCCAAUGUUUCUUCCCCGACCGAUAUUCGUACCUCGAGUCCGCAACGCCUGCACGAUAUACCCGAAACAUCAUUACAAGAUGAAGAUGCGGAUCCAAGAGGGGCAGAGACGCCUCUCAAUAGUCGAUCGACAGGCGGCGAUAUGAUCCCCGAGUCUCCCCCAUCUUCGGAUCCUACACCACGAGCGCAACCCAGGUCCUCAGGCAACACCGAGCCAAUGACGCACUACGAACCGAUGAAAAAGUCACAGGAGAGGAAGUCAAGUGAAGGGGCUGCAGUCUCGUCUCCUCUGGACUCUGAUAGUGACCCUGACGAUGCGAUUCGACGAAUGGAACGGAAGAAGAAGAUUGAGCGGAAACGAGCCAAAGCUGCCGAGGAGAUGGGGCGAGUGAGCUUCAUACCUAUGGCCAAACGCGAAUCGGCAGAGCAGCCAUCAAGGAAGAGGAGAAGGGUAUCAACUGCCGUGUCCGUCCCGGCCCAUGAGCAGCCCCAGGAAAAAACAGACGACGCCAAGGCACAAGAAUUGCCUACUCUUGUCGACGACUCACAAAAGGGAGUUGUUGCAUCGAACGAGACGGCACCUGGGGCCUCAACCAAGGCGACUCCUGGAAACAGUGCCCCUGAAAAGGAGCAAGUUGAUGGGGAUGGGGAUCUAGCCAUGGUGGAUACACAGAAGGUUACGGAGGAGGAGGAUAUGAUACCUGCUACCAGUCCCGCACCUUCUCUUCCGCCUUCUCUCCCGCCAACUGAGGCGUCUCUUCCACCGACCGCACCGCCCGAGGACCCGCUACCUUCUGAGCCCGAGUUGCCCAAACUCAUUGUCGAUGAUGAGGACGGUCCAGGGACAGCACGUGGAGACUCGGAGCCGUCGUCUUUGCCACCACAGCGAAGGAGAAAUAUGAGGACAUAUGGCCGCUCACUAAGGCAAAGCCGCAAGACCCCAUUUGUGAGCUCUUCAAAUUCGGACGCCUUGGUCGCAGAGACGGCACCAAAACCCAUGUCUUUGUCGUCACCCCCACGGAAGCCUGAGUCUAUGGCAACUAUUGAGCACGGAGAUGACCAUGGACUGGUGGCACGGAAAGGGACACCCGACGAGGGUGAAGCGAAGAAAGGGCCGCGGUCUAAGAGGGCGCCUCGAAGCGUUUACGCAGAUCUCCCACCACCAAUGACCACACGCUCACGUCGAAGCGAGGCGAGUCCUGUGACCCCUGUGGCUAAUCGCCCCAUUGCCCAGAUGCUGCCAACUUCCUCGAGCUUGAGCAUUCUCUCGACGACACCACAACCGUCGGCCAAGACAACACCUGGAACUCAAGACUCGCCCAGCUCUAAGCGGGCAGAGUCGGUGAGCCUCCCAUCACCAGCCGGCGGUCGAGGCUUGCGUAAGCGGGCGCCAAGGGCAGGAACCAAGUCAGAGUCACCUCCAGCAGCAACGAGAGCAACGAGGAUGGCCAAGCGACUUCCGCGUCUUGACUCGGAGUCCACUGAUGAGCUGCAUCACUCACCGGCCGCAAGUGUCUUGGAAAGGAGCCUGAUACACUCGAAAUCUAGCAGAUCUUUCAGGCAAAGCCUGGCUCCAGUACACCGAACUUGUAAGCUGUUCGAGGGCAUGGUAUUUGCCAUCUCCUUUCAAAACCAAGUCAAGCAACAGGAGCGAACCAAGCUGGAAACAAAGAUCACACAGGCGGGUGGAACAAUCCUUGCUGAAGGAUUCCAAGACAUGUUUGAGCAUUCGUCAAUCAUGAACACCACCAGCCUCGUGAUCGAUGAGGAAGACGCGUUGAAGCUCACCAAAGCAGGAUGUGAGAGUGGAUUCACAGCACUCAUCGCAGACAGCCACUCGCGCAAGGCCAAGUACAUGCAAGCUUUGGCGCUGGGGCUUCCCUGCCUGGCUCAUCAGUGGAUCACGGCCUGUCUGAACAAAGGGGCGAUUGUGGACUGGGAGCCUUACAUUCUUUGUGCAGGAGCAUCCGCUGUACUGGGCAAUGCGAUCCGGUCGAGAACUCUGACGCCAUACUCUGCGGUUGAUGCAAAGCUCGCUGAAGUCAUUGAUCAGCGCCCGCGUCUUCUCGAUGGACAACGGGUGCUCGUUGUGGUAGACUCGAAGAAGUCUCGCAACGAUGCCAAAGAGCCGUACAUAUUCUUAGCGACGGUACUGGGUCCGUCUAUCUCGCGUGUCUUUUCGACACAGCAGGCACGGGACGUGUUGCAGGAACACGAAAAGGCAGGGAACCCGUUUGACUGGCUAUAUAUCGAUAAGGGCACAGGGACAGUCGAGGCGGUUCUAGGGCCCACGGAAGUGACGGGUAACAAGAGGCGCAGAAAGUCGUCGCAAGUUCCACUGAGGGUUGGAAACAUGCGAGUUCUGGAUGACGAACUUGUGAUUCAGAGCCUGAUUCUUGGACGGAUAGUGGAAGUGGACGAAAUGUAUAGUUGA